UUUAAAAUAAAGAGUUAUAUCACUUUAUGAGGAGAUAAAAGUAAAAUAAUUUGAGGAGAAAUGGAAAUUUUAAGUUCCAUGAUGUGCCCCUAUUCAGAAUUCUCUAUCAGUUGCAAAGAUCACUAGUAAUUAUUCAUUUCCUCAAAGAGAGAGAAUAAAUUGGUCGGGGAUAUAGCCCAGUAGUACACACUUUGUUUGCUGGAGAUUAACCUUGAGCAGUUCAGCAUGAUGAAAAUGCUUGUGUGUCUUCCACUGCUGGCUCUCUGUGCAGGCUAUUCUUAUGGGAUUGCAACAGGAAACCCAGUGACCGAACUGAUCUCAGAAACUCUAUCUUUAAUCACAGCUCAUCGAACUUUGCUGAUAGGCAAUGGGACUCUCAGGAUUUCAAUACCUGACCCAAAAAAUCAUCCACUGUGUAUUGAAGAAAUCUUCCAGGGAAUAGAAACACUAAAGAAUCAAACUGCUGAAGACAAUGUGGUAGAAAGAAUUUUUCAAAACUUUUCUUCUCUAAAAGAACACAUUACUACCAAAGAAAAACAGUGUGGGGGAGAAAGAAGAAAAGUAGAACAGUUCUUGGACUACCUGGAAGAGUUUCUUCAAACAGUAAAUACUGAGUGGACAGUAGAAAGUUAAAAAUGAAAAGGGAGGCUGUGAUGGAUUGAUUUGGGGGAGUUAAAUGAACCUUGCCUGACUGGGAUGGAAGACAUAGUGGCAGCUUUUACAAAACAUAUGAGAUCUUUUUGUUGUUACAAACAUUUUUCUGCAAAACAGAAUAUCUUCAUUUUUAAUGAUAUUUUCUGAUUUCUUCUUCAUAUAUUCAAAUAUUAGUUUUGUCCCACUGGAUUUUUGGAAAUUCUGGAAAUGAAGUGAUUCUUCUUAAAAAAAAAAAAAAAAUGCUGUCAAGAGAUACCCAAAUGAUGCCUUCUGACCCAGUAUGAUUUUACUGCCUGGCAAUUUUAUCUGUCUCCUUUCUGCUCCCAAAUGCAGCCCUUGAUGUUUAUUUCUAUUUGGUGUUUACCUCAUAGCUAGUAUAAGCAAUGACAGCAACCUUGGCUCCAGAUUGUGUGGCUUUGGUGGCCUCAAGAAAUUACAUGCGUAUACUUUAUUUAUUUACUUUGAUAUGUUUAAAAUGUAGGGCCAUUUGGACCUUUCCUGUUAAAUGUGGACUUGUUACUCUCUGAGCGUCAGUGUUUUUAUAUGUAAAACACUGGAGUUAUAAUGUAAACUCAAAUAACAUUAAAAAGCAAUGCUAUGUACAUAGUCCCAAUGACUAGUCUUCCAGAAAAGAGAUGAGGAAAACUUUUCUCUUUCUUUAGAGAGGUAGGGGACAAUGGGUAUGGUAUUUUUGAAUACACUGUCAAAAGUAAUCAAUGUAUUGGUUAUUUUUGCUUAACUUUAUUACAAAAGAAGAUUCACUGGCCGGGUGUAAGUAUAUCCAAAAAAGGAAAAAAGCAUCAGUACAGCUUUUUUUUUUUAAGUUAGAGGUUUAGAAUAAAUAGAAAUCAAGUACUGUGUACAUUUACCAUUUACCCUAUUCUA